AUGUCUCWCAGAAUGGCUUACAAAGUUCCAAAAUAUGGCCUUUUUUAUUUUGAGUCUGAUAAAACAAUCAGCAUUGUUCCAACUAAGAACAUCAAAACUGUUUUGUCUGGCGACAAAGUAACAUCAGGAAGCCUUAUGGAGUUAAAUUAUGCUGGUGUCAAUCUAAAAGCGGAACUUAUUUCUGUAAAUGAACUUGCGUUACCUUACUUACCAGAUGACCAAACUUUUUUACACCAAGAAGAAGUAAAGUUUGUCAGCGAUCCGGCAAAUGCUCAUCUUUUUCCCAAAGAUGACCAGGAACCACAACCAACUGAACGUGAAACCACAAAAAAGAGAAAGCAAUCUCAAGACUGCCCUAAGAAGGACAAAAGGCCGGCCAAGGCACAGAAAAAGUCUAAGUCUGUUGAAAAAGAGAGAAAGCAGGCAAUUGUCAUUGCUACUUAUAGCCCUGGUGURCCGUCAGCAUCAAGUGAUGAAGAAGAACCAGAACCAGAACCAGAACCUGAACGACCCGUACCAGCUCCCUCCACAMCUGCGACACCACAACAYCAGCAGCCUUAUCGUAGACUAAGCUUUAGUCCUAGAUAUUCCGCCAUUUCCCYGUGUUCUUCACUGUGUAGUUCGAUCURUCAGCCUUCUAUAUCUACGCUUGAUGCCACCUAUUCUCACCAUUCAUCGCCACUCCUAAGAGGACCAGAAUCACUCCGCGACAUACUUCUUCGAAUAGAGCAUAAACUAGAUGUCCUAUUACAACAGCCUCCUCCAGCUCCAACUGCUCCUUAUCAGACGCCAACGCCUGUUAUCUCUACGCCUGCCUCGACUGUAACUUUGCCAACUCCUGAUCCYGCCACUGUCACUACACCUUCACCAGAUCAACUAGCCAGCAGUCUCCCGAUGAACCGAGAAGCGUCUGCAAACCUCCGGAUUAUUUCGACAUCUCACUGUAACUUUGCUGUUAAUUUGUUACGGAAAUAUUUUACGCCAGAUGAACUGAUCAAUAAGAACAUCGCCGGUGUACGUGGAAAGGGCAAAGUAGAUCCAGAAAGGGUUUCCCAAAUUAUAACAACAGUCUACGAUUAUUAUCCGACUCCUCCAGCACAGAAAGAAGCAGUCUGGCGAGAAUGCCGAAAGUCUAUGGACGCAUACUUGAGAAGACUUAAUAAUAUAAGUAAAAGAAUAAAGUAAUUUUAGUUUACCAAUACUGUAUUUCUAUCAAUUUGUCUAUAAAGUUACUAGUAAUGUGCAUUAAAAACAUUUAUCUAUGAACUUGAGCUUGUGUAGUCUUUUUAAUUUAUCUCUUAAUACACAACUAGUCUUUCAGCGUGACUUGUUGCAUGACACUUCGUCAUGGUUGGUUUCUAAUUGGAAAUUUGCAUAUCAGCAUUUUCAGAGCGUGUUAACUCUUUGCCGUUUAUAAUUCAAAGU